ACAUUCAAGAUCUUUGAUGUCAUUAAACCUUUUCAAUCUGGGAUAUUUAUAUGAACUGGCAUAAGCUCCCUUCUGUUUGUUUAACCAUUAGGUUAACCUGUGACUGUAACUGAACUGUUGAUAUUAUUAGUAACUAGUGAGAACUUGUGAUUUUUAUUACUUUUCAUGUAUAAUACUUAAAGCAGUUCUCCUAGUAACCCUAUUUAUUAAAUAAAAUAUUUAACAACCCCCAACAAUUGUUAGGUUUCUAAAUAAAAUGACAGCAAAAACAUUAAGGUAACACCAAUGGGCAGAUUUUAAAUGAAGAAUAAAUGGAUGUGUGGUUAUAAUCAAGUUUUAACAAAAACAAUAAAAAUAAAAAUAUAUAUACACCCCAAUUAUACACCAUAAUUUUUUUUUACUUAAUUUGCUUAAAAUCAAAACGAUCAAAGUCAUAAUACAGGAUCUUAAAACAUUUGAAUAUUUCCUAAAAUCAAUUUUAAAAAAAAGUACUUUCAAAGCAGAAAGUUCAAGAUGUUCAAAGUAUAUUCAUUUCUGCACUCAAUACUUUUAGCAGAAAAUCCAGCUUGGAAGUGUUCAGUCUGUGGCUCUGAUGAGGCACUAUUGAGCUUUCAGCUCAUCCGUGUUGUUGGAUCCAUUGUUUCUCAUAUUUGUCUUGAAAAUAUACCAUAGAUUCCACAUGGGGUUCAGGUUGGCAUGUUGGCUGACCAGUCAAGCACAGUACUAUCAUGGUCAGCAAAGCACUUGGAAAUGGUUUUGGCACUGUGGGCAUGUGCUGAAAAAGGAAAUUGCCAUUUUCAUAAAGUUUAACUUUAGCAGAUGGAGCUCCAAAAUUGCAUGACAGAAGGCUGCAUUGACUUUCAACUUGAUGAACAAGCACCAGCAAUGAUUUCUGUUAUAGGGAUGGUCAUUCAAUGAAACUCAAAUAUAAGUUUCAUUAAAUGACCUUCUGAAAGCUGUUGGUUUCCUUCGGAGAUACAUUCAUAUUAUCAAUUCAUACUGUAAUCAAUAUUAUUUUCAGAAUUUAGUCAUUUUUCAAACAAAACGAAUGUUGCUAACUUUGCUUAGGCUAAUGCUGGACAGUAUUUACAUAAGUUCAAAUCAUAUUGCUUUGUAAUUCGAUAUGCUACAAAAUGCAGUUAAAACCCAGUACUUAUGGACCUUGUGCGUCAGAUUCAGAGAAACAGUGUGCGGCCAUCUUUAAAAUUAUUUUAGAAAAACUUCCGUUUCUGACACUGUAGAGUUCACGAAAGUUUGAACAUGGUAUGGAAUUAAGUAUUUUAAACAAUAUUACAAGAUAAUAAAUAAUAUGUAACUAAAUGUCUUUUCAUCCAUAACACAGUGUAAAAUCAUGAAGAGGGUGAUUCACAGUCCUAUAAAUGUAAUAUGUAGUGACCAGUGAUCUCAGUCAGGAGGCCAGCGCUGCUUCUGACUACUGUCUCAAAUGGGGAAGUGUGUCAGCUGUUGCACAGGGCAGAGGGUUGUGUUUCACAUGUACAAGUAUGGAUUCCACAUCUUUGUGAAGGACCUAUAAAUAGCCCCCAGUUGGAGUUUGGUUGAAGUAUUGGGACAGCUGAUGAAGCCUGAAGUCCUGACAGCAAAGCGGAACUGAUUCAGCCCUGCCUCUUCUUUUUCAGCCAGUAACAGAAGUGUGGUACAGACACUGCUGGACUAGCCAUUGACUUCACUGUGACCCUCAGGGAUACUGCACGAUCAGUAUGGCUCUACCCAUAGAUCCCAUGGAGGAGCCGCGGAUGUACCAGCAAACCCUGCUGCAGGAUGGUCUGUACGAUCUUCUAGAGAACGAUACAAUGGUCGACUGCGUGUUGAAGAUCAAAGACAAAGAGUUUCCCUGCCACCGGUUGGUCCUGGCUGCUUGCAGCUCAUACUUCAGAGCUUUCUUUAAGUCGGGAGUGGAGGAGAGUAAACAGAAGGAGAUUGUAUUGGAGGACGUGGAGCCUGGAGUCAUGGGGAUGAUCUUGAAGUACCUGUACACCUCGAACAUCAAUGUGACGGAGCAAAAUGUACAAGACAUCUUCGCUCUGGCCAACAUGCUUCAGAUUCCCUCGAUUUUCACCGUAUGCGUCUCGUUCCUGCAAAAGAGACUGAGUUUAAGCAACUGUUUGGCGAUUUUUAGACUAGGCCUGAUGCUGGAUUGCCCUCGUCUGGCCAUAUCGGCGAGGAACUUCGCUUGCGAACGCUUCCAGUUAAUUGCUCGGGAUGAAGAAUUCCUGCAGCUGACUCCAAGUGAAUUGGCAGCCAUUAUUGCAUCAGACUCUUUGAAUGUAGAAACGGAGCAAGAUGUUUUUGAGGCUUUGAUCAAGUGGAUUGGACACGACCAAGAGAAGAGGCUGGAGGACCUAGCGGGUAUGUUGGAUUGCGUCCGAUUACGCCUGGUUCCCGAGGACUACUUUACCAAAAACGUGGAGAAACAUGAAUGGUUGAGCUCAAACCCGGAAAUCGCCAAAAAACUGCAACUGGUCAAAGACGCCCAUGCUGGAAAGCUGCCUGAAGUCAAGAAAAACAAAAGCAAAAAGAGUGCUGGUCAGGAAGGAAAGAAGGAGGGAGGCGAAGAGGAGGAAGAGGAGCAGGAGGAGCUACUUCCUGGGAUCUUGAAUGACAAUCUGCGGUUUGGGAUGUUUUUGAGGGACUUGAUUUUCUUGAUCAAUGACACUGCAUCAAAUGAUUGAAAUGAUUGUUAUGUGGCAUCCCUCUCCACCCAAAUUCCAAAAAACCACUGCAGUCUGGUUACAAAGGAAAAUCAGAUAUUUGUGGCAGGUGGACUCUUUUUUGAUGAGCAGAGCAAAGACGAACAGAUCUAUUCAUACUUUUUGCAGUUCGACCCUGCAACAUCAGACUGGAUGGGCAUGCCUCCCAUACCCUCUCCCCGUUUCCUGUUUGGUAUGGGAGAGGCAGAAAACUUCAUCUUUGUUAUUGGAGGGAAAGAAAUGAAGGAAGGAGAGCACAUUAUGGAUACAGUCAUGGUUUACGACAGGCAGUAUCUCAAAUGGGCUGAGUCAGAUCCUCUUCCCUACCCAGUAUAUGGCCACGGAGUAGUGUCUCAUAAUGAAAUGAUCUACGUAAUUGGAGGAAAGGGAGAGAACAAAGAGUGUUUGAAUAGAGUGUGCGUAUAUGACGCUAAAAACCGUGAAUGGAAGGAUCUGGCUCCAUUAAAUACUGCACGCUCACUCUUUGGAGUCACAAUUCACAAAAACAAGAUCUACGUGGCAGCUGGUGUGACUGACUCUGGCCUCACAGGCAACGCUGAGGUCUAUGACAUCAAAACCAACAAAUGGUCAGAGUUUGUGGAGUUUCCCCAGGACCGCAGUUCACUUAGCCUGGUCACUGUGGGUGGCGUCCUUUAUGCUAUAGGUGGAUUUGCCAUGCUCGCCAAAGAGGACGGUGAUGAUCUCAUGCCACAGGAGAUGAACGACAUUUGGAGGUAUGAUGAAGGCGAGAGGAAAUGGAACGGCAUACUGAGAGAGAAUCAGUAUGCAUCUGGUGCAACAGUUCUGGGAGUUCGUCUAAACACACUUCGGCUCACUAAAAUGUGAAAAUACACCAGUGAGGUGCAAACCCUCUGCUGAUUUUUAAUCCGUUAUUAUAUUGUGGGACAAAGUAAAACCAAGUCUGAACCAGCAUAAAACGGACUUAACAUCUGUUCUCAAACUCAUUCCGUGAAUCUAUUCGACAUUUCAACACACUUUAUAAUUUGGAACAGAGAAAACGAGUACAAAUAUUGUGGAAAUAAGGCUGUGGAGAUGCCGUUUUUAUUAUGGACAGAGCUUCUCGUGUUGUGCGCUUUUUUAAAAAUGUAUUGUUAAUGUGACAUUUCUGUUGUUCUGAAUGAGAAACCUCCCAAAAUAAAUUAAAAACAAACACAAAGGCUUGUUGUCAUGUUUCAUUUAGUUCACUAUUGAAAUUAUUAUUUUAUUUUGUUUUAUUACAGACAAUAAAUACUACCCAGUACAAUAAAUGACAUAAAAUACAGCUUGAUUUUAUUAGCACCGCUAGACUCUAGUCCUUGUAUUGUUUAGUAUCUUGCUCACAGAACCUGCUUGUACACAAACUUAACUAAGACAUACUAGUGUAUUAAAACGCAGGAACAGUCGCACUCAGGAUUGGUUUAAUACAUUGAAAGUAUGGGUAAGUUUAAGUAUUACAUGUUAGGUACUAGUUUAGAAAAAAAAAUAAAAAAUCUGAAAAUAUUUAUUGAAUUUGGUUUCAAAAUUUCUUCCAAGAUUGUGAGUGGUUUCUUUAAAAACUUAGACAACUACUCAAAAACUCUGAAGUGCAAAUCAUCUUUUGCUAUCACUUAUUUAUUACAAAGGAUAGCACACCAGAACAAAUUAAAAUAACAGACAAAUCCUUCGUAACGUAAAUCUUACUUACUUUCCAAGAUCACUUAAAUAUACAUAUUAAAAAAAAAAUAAAAAACAAGAAGGCCACAAUCAUCCCAAAUCUUUCUCAAUAAGCAGCAAACUAGUAAUACAUGCCAAGUAUACAAAAAAAGAAGUUUUAAAGACGUUCACCUUUUACUCUCCCUCACUACCUGUAAGAGAAACAUGUUCUUUCAGAUGCACGAAAUCUAAUUAUUCAGCUCUUCAAUGGUCUUUUAUUUACUACCAUGUUUUCAGAGAUGGAGGUUAUUUACCUCUGUGCAAUUUCAUUUCACAUAAAAUAUAAGACUUUAACAAAGAAAAAAGAAAGAAAGAAAUUAAGAAACAAAUGGGCGUAACAAAAAGCCUUCAGCAGUAUCUUUUUAGCAAAACUUGUAUUGUACCACAUAUUUAAUAUUUAAAUAAAGUGCACACAGAAAUUAAGCAUAAAACUAAAUUGUGUGGUAAUUCAACUUAUGAUAAAACCGUAAUGCAUCUUUGAAAAUGCUUCGGGGAAGUUUUUAAAUAUAUAUAUCGAAAAGAAAAUGAGAUGAAAUGUGUUUAAAUAUAUUAACAGGGGCUUUAAAAAACACAUGCAUCCUCAGUGUUUUAGUAUAAGGUGCAAUAUGACAUUGAAAAACAUGUAGAACACCAACAACAGGAUUUGUGGCAAAACCACAAAAAGGCUUGAAAAAUCAUCAUCUGGCGUGACGUUAUUGCAGAAUUUCUAUUAAAUACAAAACAUCCAGUCCUACUGGUGAUGGUCUCCGCUCAGAUCACCAUUAACUUCAAUCAUAUGUCACCAUCAUUCAAUCUACACAUUCAUGAUCAUGGCAAAUCUAUUCCGUUACACACUCAAGGCUCUACAUUGAGCUGCUUUUGACCGACAAACCGACUUUCAGUUACAGAGAUGAACAUACUGAUCAAUGCAGAAUACUGACGGUUACUGUGGGUCUUAUUGCUUAAAAAUGUACUAUGUUAAGACAAGUUCAAUCAGCUCUGCUUUUUAAUAAUAAUUCUAGAACUUCUACAAUUACAUUCCAACCUUAAAGGGAUACUGUAGUCAAAAAUGAAAAUUCUUUCAUUAUUUACUUACCUAUGCAGCAGUUUGAACGUUCUGCCAUUAAUUGUGGUAGCCUGUUUCCACCACAGAACAAAAUGAAAAAAGUGAUUGUUUUUUUUAUUCCGUGGCAGAAAUGCUCUUCCAUAAUUAACAACGCCAUUUGUGAAGAGAUAUAUUAAUAUUAGUUUCAAACGAUAUGAAGUAAACCACAACAGAAUUUACAUUUUGGUGAACUAUCCCUUUAACUGACCAUUCUACCGGUACUUUGAAAAACCUCUUAAAGAAACGCAUACCAUUUUAAAACACUUGCCAUAACCUGCAUUAAGCCUGCAUUUCUCAACCCAGGAACAUGACUUAUGUACUGAGAACACUGUAAAGAAAGAAGUAAGAUCAAAUUUAGAGCUUAUUCCUCAUAUAUCUUUCAUGAAUGCUGAUUGCUACACAUCGUCACAUUCAUUUGACUCUAUAAAGAAUGUAAACAAAGAAAACCGAUUAAACAAAAACUGACAGGAAACACAGAAUUUAUUUACAGACUAUGUAUAUCAUAUAUAUGUUUGUGUGGGUGUGUUUAUGUUUAUAUAUAUAUUUAAAUAGAUAUUGGAUAAUAUCUAUUAUAGUACUACAUUUAGCUUUUCCUAGUUGUUAGUGUUUUCUUGAACUAUAUUUUGUCUAUAUAAUCCUCUGACAUGGGUAAGGAAUUUUUUUUUUUUUUUUUACAAAUGUUCUAUAAACUCUUUUUAAUAUUCUAUGUGGCCUCUUAAUAGAACCAUCUUACAGUGUACAUGAGUCCCAAAAGGCCAGACUAAUAGCUUGCUACAUAAUUACAUUUUUAGGGCACAAAACAAAAACAUGAUUUUCAUCAUUUGGUUAAUGAAUUUUCCACAAGUAACCAUUUUCCACAAGUUAUUCAGGCUGUCUGUCAUUCCGCCAUCAUAAAAUAAAACGAAAGUGAAAAGAAUCAGUCAAAGCACUGAUGAUGACUUAUAAACUGAUGUUUAAAAAAAGCAAAAGAAAAGCUGAUAAACCUGCUCGAUGUACCUAAAAGCAUUUAAGACAUUCAACACGAAAAUAUUUUUGACCCAAACACAUCCUGGUUUUCGUCCAGAAUUAAUAUUGCCUCUGUGCAAAUAAUAAUAAAAAAAAAACACUAAUUUCUUCACAAGUGGUUUAGGCCUUUCAUAUUUUGCCAUUACACAUAUGGCCAACACUGAGAGUAAAGUGCUCUGGAAAUUUUCAAAUAAUAAACAGAGAAUGAAAAAAAGAAGAAGAAGAAAGUGAAACAUCUUUCUUUGGGAUUUUCUGAAAAUAAAAGUUUCUUUAAAAAGCAGUUCACCAAAACAUUUACAUUUGCUCAAAUGCACACACCCACGGGCCAUCCAGGAAGCAAAUGAGUUUGAUCUCAGCAGCUUUGAAGAAAUGUAGCGGAUCCUCUGCAGUGAAUGGGUGCCGUCAGAAUGAGAGACUAAACGGCUGACAAAAAGUCUUGUAAAGUGAAAAGCUGCAUAGCUGUAAGAAGCAAAUUUAAUAAGAGAGUUCAACUUCAAAAAGUAUUUGUCCUUGGUAAAAUAUGCGACCUCUAUGCUUAAUAUUAAUGUCUCCAGCAAAAAAAGCCAUCUUGCACGAAUCACGAGAAAAAUAUGCCCAGAUCAAGCAAAAAUGGUCCAAAAAGAGGUCUAAACAAAUAUGUUGUUGGAUUUAGUGUGUAACAAGGGAUGGACUUUUCCCACUGGGGGAAGUAUAAUUACGGAUUAUGGAGUGGUAUUUUUGCCAAAAGCAACAAUUUGAAAUUCAAAAGCCUUAAUAGUGGAUUUCUUUCCAAACACAGUUUUCGUGGACCGCCGUGAUGUUGUUAAUCAGCCAGCUGCAGAAGACCCACCGGUGAGCAAAUAAAUGUAAAGCUACAUUUCCCCAAAUGUACUCAUGCGCACCCUGGACGGCCUGAUCGCGAGGGAAUUCUCGGCAAAUUUUCAUCUUUAGGUGAAUAACUCCUUUACGCAUCAAAAAUUGAUUAUUAUCAAGUGCCUCUGCUACAUAUAACCUUCGGCACAAACCGAUCGUCCCACCUGUGCCCUGCACAGACGCUUCAAAAAA